AUGACGACUGCACAAGACAUCCAGACCCGUGUGAUUGGUGCUCCCAACACGCUGGACUACCGUGUGUACCUUGAGUCGAAGUCGACUGGCCAGCCCCUGUCGCCAUUCCACGAUGUUCCCUUGUACGCUGACGAGGCGAACGGAAUCUUGAACUUCAUUGUGGAAAUCCCUCGCUGGACAAACGCUAAGGUCGAGAUCAGCAAGGAGGACUCGUUCAACCCGUUCAAGCAGGACACAAAGAAGGGCAAGUUGCGUUACGUUCGUAACUCGUUCCCUCACAAGGGCUACAUCUGGAACUACGGUGCUUUCCCUCAGACCUGGGAGGACCCGUCGUUCUCGCACCCUGACACCAAAGCGAACGGCGACAAUGACCCUCUGGAUGUGGUCGAAAUUGGCGAGCAGGUUGGCUAUACUGGCCAGAUCAAGCAAGUCAAGAUUCUGGGCGUGAUGGCUCUGCUUGACGAGGGUGAAACGGACUGGAAGGUGAUUGUAAUCGAUGUCAACGACCCAAUCGCCUCGAAGCUCAACGACAUCGAAGAUGUUGAGAAGCACUUGCCUGGGCUCAUUCGUGCUACAAACGAGUGGUUCCGCAUCUACAAGAUUCCUGAUGGCAAGCCGGAGAACCAGUUUGCUUUCUCGGGCGAGGCCAAGAACCGCAGCUACGCCACCGAGGUCGUGCACGAAUGCCACGAAGCCUGGCGCCGUCUCAUCACGGGUCAGGCUAACGCUGGCGAAAUCAAGCUUGAAAACUCGACUGUGCAAGGCAGCAAGUCGCUUGUGGCUCCUAAGGAUGCUGUUGUCACGUCGAUCCCCGCCGCCUCGCCGCAGCCUCCGGCCCCGAUCGACCCAAGCAUUGACAAGUGGUUCUUCAUCAGCUCCUCGGCAAACUAA